UACACGCGAUGAUAUCACCACAGGAACGGAAGGACAAGCUUGUUAGGGCAACUGAUUUGGACGCACUUAGUUGUAGAUUUAGUGCCAAUAACCGCGGAUAUUUUAACACACCUCCAGAUCAAUACAUACGAGCGCUUAUUACAUCAUACCAAAAACAUCUCCCCUUUUGUCAAGGAUACACGCAACUUCUGUCGAAUAGGACACUCCGGAGUGUCUUUCAAGACAAUCAGAAGCUUCCAUUGAUCAAUCGAGGCACUUAUUUCCGUACACGAUCUAUCGAUUUGGUGGUGAAUGAUUUCAUCCUGCAACAUAAUGGUCAGUGUCAAAUAAUUUCCAUUGGAAGUGGAUCAGAUACUAGAGCUUUCAGAACUUUGAAGGACUCACCAGAUGUAAUAUACCAUGAAAUAGAUUUCCCAGAGUCGUGUAAGAUUAAAAGGGCUGCCAUUUUAGAAGAUGACACAUUGCGUGACAUCAUUGGAUAUAAAGAGGAUAGCACUCUCACGGACAGCAUCACCUCAAAGGAAGAUUUCCAAUCAUACCCAUCUGAUUUGAACACUGAUAGGUACUAUCUAUAUGGAGUUGACUUACGUGAAUUGGAAGGCUCCAAAUUUUCCUUUGAUUUGACAUUACCUACACUUGUCAUCAGUGAAUGCGUCUUGUGUUACAUAUCCCUCGAGAAUAAUGCUCGUAUUCUUUCAUUCUUUAGAGACUUAUUCAAAAGUUCAACAAUUGCAUUUCUAAUCUACGAGCCAAUGUCACUCAAUGAUUCCUUUGGCAGUACCAUGACAGCCAAUCUUUCAGGUCGAGGAAUUGUUCUUCCAACGUUUGAAAAGUUGCCUGACUUAAAGACAAGACUACUGUUUUUGAAAGAAUGCAAGUUUCUUGAUAUUAAAUUGACAGAUUUAAGUGAAAUAAGUGGGUAUGAAGGAGACAAUUCUUGGAUAUCUCCAGAGGAAAUCCAAAGAAUUGAUAAGUUGGAAAUAAUAGAUGAGAUUGAAGAGAUUAGGUUAUUGUUAAAACAUUAUUGCUUGACAUAUGCUGGGAUUGGAGACUCUUUCAAGAGUGACAGAAAGUGGAUAAUUUCUGAAAAUUAUUAAGUUAGAAUCUCUUUUUCACAAUUAAAUAAAAAAUAUUUAUAUUUCAUAGAGUCACAACUCUACCUACUAUUUAUACUAUGUACA